GUGCAGCCCCUCCUUCAGCUGAGCAGCGUGAGUUACUCGGAGGUGACGGAGACAGACAGCUGAUCCUCCCCUGGUGCAGAGGCAGAGGAGUGGGGACCACGCACCGCCUCCGCCCGCAGACACCGUCACGGGCCGGGGAUGGCGUCGCUCGGCGUGGGGCUGCAUCUUGUCCGCAAGCGGGGAUCAGGCAGGAGCUCCGCGGUGGAGAGGAGGAAUCUGCUCACGGUGUGCAGGUUUUCAGUGAAGACUCUGCUGGACCGCUCCUGUUUUGAUACGAUAGACGACACAUCUCCAGAGUUCGUUAACUUUGUUUCCAUCCUGGAGCACAUCCUCAGUCACAGACUCAAAGGUAAAAAACGUCAGACAACUUGGUUCGGCUAUGAGAGUCCUCGCAGUUUCUGGGAUUACAUCAAAUCCGCCUGCAGCAAAGUCCCUCAUAAUUGCAUCCGAAGCAUCGAGAGUAUGGAGAAUGUGCGAUCAUCGAGAGCUAAAGGCAGGGCGUGGAUCAGAGUGGUCCUGAUGGAGAAAAGAUUAUCAGAAUACAUCUCAUCUGCACUGAGGGACUUCAAAACCACCAGGAGGUUUUACGAAGACGGAGCGGUCAUGCUGGGAGAGGAGGCAGGGCUGCUGGCAGACACACUCAUCGGACUCCACACCAUUGACUUGAGCUUCUGUCUGAAAGGAGAGGGUCUGGACGGCAGCUGCCCCGCAGUGAUCGACUACACGCCGUACCUGAAGUUCGCUCAGAGUGCAGAGAGCAUCAGCAGUGACGAGGAGGAGAUGAGGACUCUGGGGAGCAGCGGCAGCGAGAGCAGCACCCCCGACAAAACGGCCACCGCCGCCUCCAUCUUCACUGAGCAGAGCAACUUGGUCAGCAAGUGCAAACGCUUUGAGCAGAAGUACCGAACAUCACUGGAGCAGAAGGGUUACCUGGAAGAGCUGGUGCGUCUCCGAGAAGCCCAGCUGUCGAAGGCCGUGUCUCAUAACAAAGCUCUUCAGCAGAGCCUAGCAGACACACACCUCACACACAAUCUGGAAAAAGAGCAGCUUGAGUACAUCAUACUGGAACUACAGAACCAACUGACGGUGCUGAAAAACAAUGAUUUGCGGUCCAGACAAGAGCUGACAGCCCACCUGACCAAUCAGUGGCCAUCUCCUGUCGCCUUGGAUACCAACGCUGUCGCCUUGGACACGCUGCUGUACAGGAAGAGCACGGGACAGUGGGAGGAGAAGAGUUUCCAGAGUCUGGAGCAGCUGUCUGCAGACAUGAGUCUCUCUCAGAUGUCUCUUGACCCGUCCCACACUCUGAGUCUGGAGGCCAGGCCCCCCGGCACACUGUGGCCCCACCAAGGUAAAGAGGAAACCCCGUCUCUAAGAGGUCUGUGCGGCUCCCUGACGUCGGUUGCGAGCUACAAGUCUCUGGCCAGCCUGAAGUCCAGCGAGUGUUUGGCCAGUCCUGCGACGGAGAUCAGCAGCCCGGGCUUCACUCCGUCAUAAUGAACGGAGAGAUAAACAAAAACACAUCUCCAGACAAUCCAGGAACUCUCUUCAUUUAGGUCAUGUAGAUUUGUAGACAUUUAUUUUCUGUAAGUGGAACCAAGCGCUUUAAUAGAAAUAAAUCAGGUUUGCAAGUGGAGAAUUUGGUGUAGCAUGUUCUCUGUGUUGAAAAUGAAGUGCAGUUCUGUCGGACUCAUUAAAGUCUUUAAUAUUAACGUAAUAUCCAGCGGAAAUACCCUCUGACUCUUAUUAGAGGAUCUGCUGCCUUCAUCGAUCUGUGUUUGAAUUAUUUAGUUUCUUUUUUUGUGGAACUUCAGUUUUUGUUUCCCUUUUUUAAAGGAAAUAAAUGAAAACAAUAACAGAUGAUGUAAGAAUUGAAAGGUUUGCCGGAGUCACAGCAUGCAUAUUCAGUAUGAAAAUACUGAAUAUAUAGAUAAGAAAAUACUGAAAGCCUCAGUCAAUGUUGGCACUAUGAAACAUUUCCUGCAGUUAAAAGGGUAUGUUAUGUUCUGCUACUGCUGUUUAUUUAGUUUAGUUUUUGACAAGUAAUCUCUUUGAUUUACAAUGUAUGUACUCUCACUUUUGCCAGAUUACAAUUUCAAAGUUUUACUCUAUGCUGUCUCACAUUUCACGUCAGGUGUAAAUACUUUUAUUUGAUCAGU